AUGGUAUCCUUAGAAACAGUACGAGAGAGCAAUUUGGCUCUCAAGGACUACGGUCCUGAUCUCGUCGCCGUGUUCGUCGGCGGAACGAGCGGAAUCGGCGAAUCCACCGCUCGCGCUUUUGUGCAGCACACGCUUUCUCCACGCGUCUAUCUCGUUGGAAGAAAUGAAGCGCAGGCUUCGAAAAUUAUUGAUGAAUUGCGCCAGGUUAAUUCAUCUGGAGAAGUCAGUUUCAUCAAGUGCGAUGCGACGCGCCUGCGCGCGGUAGAUGAGGCUUGUAAAGCCAUCCAGGAAAAGGAGGAGAAAGUGAAUUUGUUGGUGUUGAGUAGUGGCAUUUUAACUAAUAAGGGCCCAGAUGAAACCGACGAAGGACUGGAUAAAAAGUUCAGUCUGCACUAUUACUCUCGCAUGCGAUUUCUGGCGAACCUGCUGCCUCAAUUAACCAAAGCAGGUACUGAGAAACCUAAAGAGUCCAAUUCCUCAAUCCGACCCAGUCUGUCGAGUGUGGUUUCCGUCCUCGAAGCCGGUGGCGAAGCGCAUCUCAUCGAGGAUGAUCUCUCUUUGAAAACAAACUACUCUCUCCGCAACUGCAAAAACCACGCCAUCACCAUGACAUCUCUCAGUAUGCAGAAACUCGCUGAAUUGCACCCGCACACCUCAUUUGUGCAUACUUACCCCGGUCUCGUGAGGACAAAUCUGCUCCGCGAGUGCGGGAUGAUCACGAAGACGGCUUUGAGUGGAUUGAUGUUCCUGUUGAAGCCCUGGGAGGUACCUGUCGUCGAGACGGGUGAGAGGCAUUUGUAUGCAGCGACUAGCUUGCAGUACCCUUCAUCCUGCGAUGGUUCAGGUGCAGCUAAGUGGUCUGGGGCGUAUCUUCUCAACUGGGAUGGCUCGGCGAGGGGGAAUAUGAGUGUUCUGAAUGAGCUGAACAAGAAGGGAGCAGGCGAUUUGGUUUGGAAGCAUACUUUGGGUGUUUUUGAAGACAUCUGUGGC